AAUAUUUAUUUAAACGGUAAAAAUAAAUCAAACUUGGUUCAAAAUCAAUGAUGAAAGAGAGAGCGAUGUGAACAAGGCAAUGGUUUACAGUAAAAUGAUCUAAUACUUCAAUCUUUACGGCUUCCUCUCAUGAUGUCAUGCUUUUGUUUUUCUAGAAGAUGAAUUAUUGUGAUAAAUAUUUAAGUAAAAUAAAAUAAAUCAAACUUGGUGAAAAAUACAUUGUGCAACAUUUAUUCCUUAUCGGAGUUUGCGGUCGGUAUUAUUUUUAAUCGGACUUUGCAGCUUCCGGUAUGACGACUAUGAUAUCACGCGUUUGUUUUUCUAGAUUGCGGUUUCCGUUUCCGUUUCCGGCCUAGCAUUGUACCCAGCAAACAACUCGCAAUUCACGUCAGUCUCUACUUGCCUCUCGUCGAAAUUAGUCGUUUCACUGUGAAAAAUAAAAAAAAAAUGUUUCUGUGCAGCACUUGUGGGGAAUUGUUUUCCUAUAAAAGGAAUUUGACAAGACAUGCGAAGACUUGUAAUGCCAAUGAAAUCCAAACUGCCACGCCCCAAACCAGCGUGGACGAGGGUGCUAGCCUUAGUAAACAUAUGUGCCAAAAAUGUUUGAAAUCCUUUAGCAGAAGUGAUAGUUUAGGCAGGCAUAUGAAGAUUUGUAAAGGAGCCCCUAAUGUCAAUCAGCCUGAACCAAAAAAUUUAGAGAAGACCUCCCUGAAAAGAACAAGCUCUGCCACUAACAUCAAUCAGGCAGAGUCAGAGUCUUCGGUGCCAAAGAGAGCUAGACUUGGUUUCAAUAACGAACACUUGGUAAUGCAGGAGGAAGGUGUUUACUUAGUUAAUACCUCUUACAAAAACCGAAUUGCUACAUACCGACUUUUAUCGAAAAAAGAUCCUAUCGCGUUAAUGAUUUUUUAG